GCCAAGCCCCUCAGACCUGUGUCAUCUGUGACGGAGUCAGCCCAAGGCCCACUCAGCACCCUUUUGGAUGUUUACAGGAGACAUGAGUGUGAGAUGGAGUCAGAAUCUCAGGUCUCUUGAGAAAUGGGGUCUGGCUUUGGACCCCUCCUCCCUCAGACCUUUUAGUUCAGGCCCAAAACCUGAUGGCCCUUGGGAAUCAAGGCCCCCUCCUCAUGGUGUGAGCAGACAUGAGGUGGCGGACUAGGGAUUUUGGUCCCACCCAGCCUCAGAUCUGGCAUCCUCUCUCUCUGGAACCCUGGCCCCUCAAUAAUCAUUGGGGACACCAAACCCAAAACCAAACAAAAUGAGGACCUCCACUUUGAUACCCCUUCACAAGUAGGGAAAAUAAAUGUUAGUUGGGAUCUGGAAGCUCUUCACAGAUGCUAAACACCUCCUGACCUCACACCCUCAAUCUCAGCUGGGCAGGUCCCAACCCCCGGUUAAGUGUUCUCUACAGAGGAGGCCUGGUAGGCCCAAGCUCUUGGGGGUAGGUGAGACCAGGGGACUCCCCACCAGUCUCUAGCCCCAUUGUCCCAUCCUCCUCUUCUUGACCCCUUGGUUGCUAGGGGAAACUACCCUAACAAUGGGGCUCAGAAUAUGACCCUAAGGGACCUGGGGCCCUUCCCUUUGGUUGCUAAGGGGAAAGACUCCUUAGCAACGAGGUUUCCUGAGACUUCAUGGCUGCCUCAGGAAGAGAAGGGAGGCUUCAACAAGAAGGUCUCUUCUCUUCCCACCCCCUCAGCUCCUGGGUUGAUAGGGGUGAUAGCGGGGAGAAGUUCCUGCUCUGGGCUCUUUACUGGCCUCUCUCUCCUUCCUUUUUCACUUACUCUAACCAUGAGGCCGCCAUAUCUACUGACCUCUUCCACCUGGGUGCUAAGGGAGCCACUGCCUAGACCAGAUAUGACCAGAUCUGUGGGACCCUCCUUGUGACCCCCCCUAGCUGAGGGGACUCCCUAGCAACAGAACUCAGAAUCCUGGCACUGGGGCUUUGGGGCGGGGCCCAGCUGUUGCUGGGGUGAUGUCCUUCAAGGCCUCUCUCCACAGAGGCCCCAGGGGUCUGGGGAGGCAAGAUGGUGGGCUCAGGGAUUCCUGUGUUGGGCCUUCUCCUGCUGAUGCAGGGCUCAGUAGAUGGGAAUGGAAUCCAGGGAUUCUUCUACCCAUGGAGCUGUGAAGGAGAUGUGUGGGACCGGGAGAGUUGUGGGGGUCAGGCAGCCAUCGAGAACCCCAACCUCUGUCUGCGCCUACGAUGCUGCUACCGAGAUGGGGUCUGCUACCACCAGCGGCCAGACGAGAACAUGCGCAGAAAACACCUGUGGGCCCUGGCCUGCACCUGUGGCGGCUUGCUCUUGCUCAUCUUCAGCAUCUGCCUGUUCUGGUGGGCCAAGCGCCGAGAUAUGCUGCACAUGCCAGGGUUUUUGAAGGGUAGAUGUGAUUUGUCGAGGACAGUCUCCCUGCUGUCCAAGGACCGAGCGUCAAGCAAGAAGACCUUAUCGGAAGGAGAGGGGACAGAAGCGGGCGAGGACACAGAGGAAGAAUAAUAGGGGCCUCCCUGGGGGACCCUUAAAUACAGAUAUGACAUAUAGAUGUGUCUC